CUUCCGGUUUAGUCAAACGACGAAGUCUAUUUUGAUAUUUUGUCUAGCUAGCGACAUAGUUUAUGAAAUAAGUUUAAUAGUAAUUUAUUAACACCUCAAUCAAAAUGGGGAAGCGUCAACAUCAGAAGGAUAAAAUGUACAUCACAUGUGCUGAGUACACCCAUUUCUAUGGAGGGAAAAAAUCAGAAAUUCCAAAGUCAAAUUUUCGACGUCUUCCAUUUGACCAUUGCAGCUUGUCUCUGCAGCCGUUUGAAUAUCCCAUGUGCACUCCCGAGGGAAUCGUCUUUGACCUGCUGAGCAUCGUUCCUUGGAUAAAGAAGUUUGGCACCAAUCCCAUCUCUGGAGAGAAAUUGGAAGCGAAGUCCCUCAUCAAGCUGAACUUCGCCAAGAACAACGAUGGUAAAUACCACUGUCCCGUCCUGUACACAGUCUUCACAAACAACUCCCAUAUCGUCACCAACAAGCUCACUGGCAAUGUGUUCUCUCACGAGGCUGUGGAACAGCUCAACAUCAAGACGAAGAGUUACAGAGACCUGCUCUCUGAUGAACCUUUCACCAGACAGGACAUCAUCACCCUGCAGGAUCCAACCAACCUGGAUAAGUUCAAUGUCUCGGACUUCUUCCACGUCAAGAACAACCUCAAAGUACUGGACCCUGAUGAGGAGAAGGCUAAGCUGGACCCUGGUUACCACCUGAACAGUACGAACAUGGAGACCAGAGAGACCCUGGCUGAGCUCUAUAAGGAUUAUAAAGGAGACGCUCUACUGGCCUCCACCAUGAAGGAACCACAGGCCAAGAAGACCGACAAACUUAACGCGGCUCAUUACUCUACUGGCAGAGUGUCUGCUUCCUUCACCUCCACAGCCAUGACCCCUGCUACCGAACACACUGCGGAUGCCAUCUCAGACGACACGGUGCGUUAUUCCUAUGUGAAGAAGAAAGGCUAUGUUCGCCUCCACACCAACAAGGGAGACAUCAACCUGGAGCUGUACUGUGACAAGGUUCCUAAAGCAGGAGAGAACUUCACCAAGCUGUGUAAGAAGGGUUACUACGACGGAACUGUCUUCCACAGAUCUAUCAGGAACUUCAUGAUCCAAGGAGGAGACCCAACUGGGACUGGUUUAGGGGGCCGAUCAUUCUGGGUGAAGCCCUUCAAAGAUGAGUUUCGUCCCAACCUGUCCCACACCGGACGAGGGGUUCUCAGCAUGGCCAACUCAGGACCCAACACCAACAAGUCCCAGUUCUUCAUCACCUUCCGGUCAUGUCCCUACCUGGACAGGAAACAUACCGUGUUUGGAAGGGUGGUGGGAGGCUUCGAGGCUCUGACAGCCAUGGAGAACAUAGAAGCUGAUCCUAAAUCCGAUAAACCCAAGUCUGAGAUCAAGCUGCUGAGUGCCACUGUGUUCGUGGACCCGUAUGAAGAGGCAGAUGCCCAGAUUGCAGCUGAGCGUCAGAAGGAGUUGGAAAAGCAGGAGGAGGAUCGAGCUCAGACCAGUUUGUCUCAGAGGAAGACUAAAGCAGAUCAGGCUCCCAAGACCUUCAAGGCUGGCAUAGGGAAAUACAUCAACCCUGUGACCGCUACCACCACGAAGCGUCCAGCAGUAGAGGACAGCGGACCGUCCACCAGCGGAGCCAAGAAGCCCAAAGGAAAGGCUGGCUUUGGAGACUUCAGCUCCUGGUAACUCCAUGGACACACAGCCCCGUGGACACGCAGCCCCUUGGACACGCAGCCCCUUGGACACGCAGCCCCGUGGACACGCAGCCCCGUGGACACGCAGCCCCGUGGACACGCAGCCCCGUGGACACGCAGCCCCGUGGACACGCAGCCCCUUGGACACGCAGCCCCUUGGACACGCAGCCCCGUGGACACGCAGCCCCGUGGACACACAGCCCCGUGGACACCUUCUGUGUCCCACCACUACUUUAGACCAGAGCCCUAUUCUCUAUAUAGAGCACUACUUUAGACCAGAACCCUAUUCUCUAUAUAGUGCACUACUAUAGACCAGAGCCCUAUUCCCUAUAUAGUGCACUACUUUAGUCCAGAGCCCUAUUCCCUAUAUAGUGCACUACUAUAGACCAGAGCCCUAUUCCCUAUAUAGUGCACUACUUUCGACCAGAGCCUAUGGCACCCUGUUCCCGAAAUAGUGCACUACUUUUGACUAGGGUCCAUAGGACACUAUGUAGUUAUGGUAAUAUAUAGGAAAUUAAGUAACUAGGUUUUGGUCAAAAGUAGUGGUCUAUGUAGGGAAUAGGCUUCCAUUCUGGAUGUACCCCCUAAUAUCCUAUUACCCCCCUGCUACUACCAGUCACCCCCUGAUAUCCUAUUACCCCCCUGCUACUACCAGUCACCCCCUGAUACCCUAUUACCCCCUGCCACUACCAGUCACCCCCUGAUACCCUAUUACCCCCUGCCACUACCAGUCACCCCCUGAUACCCUAUUACCCCCUGUUACUACCAG